AUGGCAGGCCGAGGUAGAGGUAGAGGUAGGGGUGGCCCUGGUAGCAGCAUGAGUUUUACAUCUGAUCAAUUAAACGCAAUGGGUUUAAGUGGACCUGCUUUAAGAGCAGAAUUAAACCAAGCCAUUAUUGGACCUCCAUUAACUUUUCCACCAUUGAUGAAUAAAGCUCCUCCUGUCACAAUUAGUCCCUUAGAAGAAUAUAUAUUGAUGUUAAAAAGAGAAUUGAAUGAAUAUUACAAAGAGAAUGCUAUCAUGCCUAAGAGUAAAACUGUAGAGAAGUCCAUUGUUCAGCCUUAUGGUAAUCGAUAUGCUGUGAGUAUAUGUACGGAAAGUUCCUGCAAUGGUACGCUUAUUAAAACAAAAUCUGGUCUAGUUUUUGCAAAGAAUAAAGAUGACUGGCAAAUAGCCUUUAAACAAAUACCAAAACAUUUGAAGGAAUUGGAAACACAAGGAUACAAGCUUGUUAUAUUUACUAACCAAGCAGGCAUUGGUAAAGGAAAAACUGACCCCAAAGAAUUUAAGGGCAAGGUUGAAGCAAUUUUAAAUAAGUUAAAUAUUCCAAUGCAAGUUUUUAUUUCAACCACAAAAGAAAUUUAUAGAAAACCACUUACUGGUAUGUGGAAAAAGCUGACAGAACAGAAAAGUUGUGGAGUUUCUGUAUCCAAAGCAGAUUGUUUUUAUUGUGGUGAUGCAGCUGGUAGACCAGAUAUAUGGGCACUUGGCAAAAAAAAAGACUUUUCUGCUGCAGAUAGAUUAAUGGCAAAAAAUCUGGGAAUUUCAUUUUACACACCUCAAGAACACUUUGAAAAAGCAAAAGUAGUACAGUGGAAUAAACCAGGAUUUGAUCCUCCUUCCUUAAAAAAUUUGAAUAUUUCUAGAUUUGACCCACCUAAUGCAAAACUAAUUCAAAGUGAACAAGAGGUUAUUGUUUUAGUGGGUUGUCCAGGGUCCGGAAAAUCUUUCAUCAGCAAAGAACUUGUACAACCUGGAUAUGUUCAUGUAAAUCGUGAUACAUGGGUAGUUGGCAAAAAUGUGUUGCAGCAAUGA